AUGGUGCAAAAAGUCUAUGUCACGUACAACGAUGUACACAAGCUCUGCCAGAACUCGGCUGAGCGCAUCCUGAACGACUGCAAGCCCAACCUCAUCAUCGCCAUUGGCGGCGGCGGCUACGUGCCUGCCCGUAUCCUGCGUUCGUUCCUCAAGAAGCCCGGUAGCCCCAACAUCCCCAUCCAGGCCAUCGGACUCUCCCUCUACGAGACACUAGGCACCGAGACCCCCGAGGAGGUCCCCGGCACAAAGGUCACCCGCACACAAUGGCUGGAUUUGUCCUCGCUCGAGAUGGCCAACCUGAUUGGCAAGAACAUUCUUAUUGUUGAUGAGGUGGAUGACACACGCACAACACUCGAGUAUGCCGUGCGCGAGCUGCAANAGGACGUUGAUAUUGCUACUGAGAAGCUUGGCCGUACUGCCGAGAAGACGACUUUUUCCAUCUUUGUCUUGCACAACAAGGAUAAGACUAAGAGGNGUACUCUUCCCGAGGAGAUGGUCAAGACUGACCACUAUGUUGCUGCCGUCACCCUUCCCGACUACUGGAUCUGCUAUCCUUGGGAAGCUCAGUACGUCUCUUGCUUUUGCUUUUGCUUUGAUCGCAUAGCUGACCACUCUUGACAGGNNGACAUUGAUGAGCACGACCGCAACGCUGCCGAGCAGGCCAAGCAACAAUAGAUCUUCUUUACGAACAAAAUCCGGCGGAUGGGGAGGGAAAACAAUAACCAUGGCGUUUUAAGGUAG